AUGAAGCGUGUUAGUUCUUCUUCUGGUGAGGGUGCACCCUCACCAAAGCAAUCGAGAUUGAGCGUGGAGAGUGUCUUUGAGUUAAAGCGUACCGUACCGCGUGGUUUCCUAAAAGAGUACCGAGCGGAUCUAGACGAGCAUCACAGAGAUGUACUCACAGUGCUCAAUGGACUUGCACAAAAUAUGCGAAGUGUUUUGCUGAGGGAGUUGGAGGUGCAGCAAUUUAAAACCGUUCUCGUGACCUGCAUCAUGAUGGAGAGAAGCGAUGCAUCCGGAGCUACUGUGUCAGCAUCGCCAUUUUUCCGCAGUUCCCCCAUAUCCAUUCUCAAUCCACAUGGCAUUGAUGACCAACUAUCCAACGCCUUCGGCAAGAUCAUAUCCAAGGUUGAUGGGUGGCUCCAGGCUGGCUCCGGUUGGACUGUGGUUCGGGUGCGAAGCGUGCACAUUGACAUUGCCAAGUAUCUCCCCAUGCACGGCUCAUCUUAUCUACCUCUACCGCAGAAGAUCUCCAAAACGAAGGGGGUGAUCAACGUUCGUAAUACCGAUGAUCAGUGUCUGAAAUGGGCACUUCUAUCCGCACUACACCCAGCUGAGAAGAAUGCUCAACGGGUUACGAAGUACCAGUCGUACGCACAAACCCUGAACUUUGAUGAUGUGGACUUUCCUGCAACUCUUGCGGAUGUGUAUAAGGUGGAGACUGCGAACAAUCUAGUUAUCAAUGUGUUUGGAUUCGAAGGUGGCUAUCUCUUCCCAUUGAAGUUGACGGACCAUGAAAACGAUGCCGGUGCCAUCAACCUCCUGCUCCUACAUGAAGAGUUGACAAGCCAUUUCUGCUGGAUCAAAGAUUUUGAUGCGCUAUGCUAUCAUCUGAACAAGUGCAAGACUAGGACCUACUUUUGCAUGAGGUGUUUAUCCGGACACCGAUCUCCGCAGACUCUCGCCAGACACCAACUGUACUGCGCCGACGCGAAGCCUGCUGUGAUCAAGCUACCAGAACCCGGUGAGACGCUCACUUUCACGGAGAACAAGCGGAGAAUGAAGAUGCCAUAUAUCAUCUACGCUGAUACUGAGAGUGUUCUCGCACCCAGCUCAGGGCAGCAUGGAGCCAACACUGUUCGGAAUGCAGAGCAUGAACCCUGUGGCAUUGCUUACAUCGUAGUGCGGUCAGAUGGAGAGGUGACGAGGCGAUUUCUUUACAGAGGAGAAAACCCGAUUGAAUCGUUUUUCGAGGAGCUCGCGGGAGAAGAUGAAAGAAUCACCAAUGACCUGCAGCACAUACGACCCAUGAACAUGUCAGCGGAGGAACAGCAACAGUUUGAAAAUGCGAAUGAGUGCUGGAUUUGCAGCGAUGAGCUGGGUGAUGAUCGAGUGCGAGACCACGACCACAUCACGGGUAAAUACCGCGGUGCAGCUCACAGCAAGUGCAACAUCAACCUGCGGAUUACACCAGAGACUCACCCAAUCCCAGUAGUUUUCCACAAUCUGAAAGGUUACGACGCCCACCCACUCAUUUCAGCCAUUGGCGCCACCUCAUCGGAGAGCACGACCUACAUGAGCGGCGGGAGAAAGAAGACCAAGAAAUCCGGUGAGAUCAAGAUCAUUCCUAACAACAUGGAGCGUUACAUCUCCUUCAGCUGGGGGCGAUUCCGCUUUGUGGAUAGCCUAUCAUUCUUGAAUGCUUCGCUGGACAGGCUGGUAAAGAACACACCGAAAGACUCAUUUCACCAUCUGAGCUCAUUCUCUAGACUCACCCACACCAACAUCAACGGUAUGGAUGACAGCAGCAGCAGCAGUAGCAGCGACGAUUCAUCUACCACCAACAUUUACCAUGAUGAUACUUCAGCUGAUGAUCUGUUUGAGCUGCUUACUCGCAAAGGAGUCUACCCGUAUGAAUAUGUAACCAGUACAGCGGUGUUUGAUGAGACAUCACUACCACCCAAAGACGAGUUCUUCUCUUCAUUGACGGAAAGCCACAUCAGCGAUGAUGACUAUGAGCAUGCUCAACGCGUCUGGUCUGCGUUCAAGUGCAGAAACAUGGGAGACUACCAUGAUCUAUACCUCAAUACUGAUGUAAAUCUUCUGGCUGACGUCUUUGAGACAUUCCGAGUCACAGCCAUGAACACUUACGAACUCGAUCCGGCACAUUACUAUACUCUCCCCGGACUCGCCUGGGAUGCCCCACUCAAGUACACCAAGGUAACCCUCUCUCUUCUGAGUGAUGUGGAUAUGCACCUAUUCAUCGAGCGUGGUCUCCGUGGUGGGGUGUCCAUGGCUUCACAUCGUCAUGGCAAGGCAAACAACAGACGCAUGCAGAGUUAUGAUGAGAGCAAGCCAUCCACCUAUCUCCAGUAUUUAGAUGCCAAUAAUCUUUAUGGUUGGGCGAUGUCACAACAUCUGCCAGUAUCGGACUUUGAGUGGUGUCCACCGACAAGCGAGCUCCUGGAUAGCAUCCUCACUCAAGCGGACGAUGCCUCGCUAGGCUACAUGGUUGAAUGCGAUCUCACCGUACCAGAUCACUUGCACGACCUGCUGAACGAUUACCCACCGGCACCGGAGAAGAUGACCAUCAGCGAAGAGAUGCUCUCCCCAUACCAACGCGAGCUGAUGAAGAGUAUGUCAAUCACCGGACUGUCCUCACCUAAACUGGUCCCUCACCUCAUGCGCAAGCAACGGUAUGUGCUCCACUAUCGCAACCUGCAGCUGUAUUCCAAACUCGGGCUAGCCAUCGACUGUGUGCACCGUGUACUACGCUUCAGACAGGAAGCUUGGAUGAAGCCAUACAUCGAGCUGAACACGGAGCUCCGCAAACAAGCUGUCAACGAGUUUGAAAGAGACUAUUUCAAGUUGAUGAACAAUGCCGUAUUUGGCAAAACGAUGGAGAAUGUGCGAAGGAGAGUAAACAUCCGCUUGCUGCGAGCAGACGAUGAUGAGGACAGGAUCCUCACAGCCGUAGCCAAGCCGACGUAUGUCAGACACGUCAUGUUUGACAAUGACCUCGUCGGCGUUGAAAACCGAAAAAUCCGCGUCUCCCUCAAUAAGCCCGUGUACAUCGGAAUGAGUGUACUAGAUCUCAGCAAGGAGUUGAUGUAUCGCUACUACUAUCACAACCUCAAGUCUCGCUACGCCGAGCGUGUGCGACUGCUGUACACUGAUACGGACUCCCUCAUCCUCCAGUUAGAAACGGAUGACUUGUGCGCGGACAUGAUGAGCGACUUGGAUGCGUACGACACCAGCAACUACGCCACAGACCACCCGCUAUACAGCCAGGUGAAUAAGAAAAAAGUAGGUAAAUUUAAAGAUGAGCUAGGUGGAAAAAUGAUGAGUGAAUUCAUAGCUCUACGCUCCAAGAUGUACUCGUACGACGGUGAGGAAAGCGGACAGCGGGCCAAAGGCGUCAAAAGAAGCGUGACGAAGAAGUUCACCAUCCGCGACUACGAGCGCUGUCUAACCGAAAGACGCACCUCUGCUCACCCGAUGACUGCGCUGAGAAGCCACGAUCAUCACAUCUUCACUGAAACAGUUACGAAGACCUCACUCUCGCCAUUCGAUAGCAAAAGAUACAUUCUUGCCGAUGGUGUGUCCACGCUGGCGUACGGUCAUCACCGUAUUGCACCCUCGCACGCGCAACAGUAA